GUAUGCAUGACUGAAAUUCGAAUGCGUACCAUGGUAUAGUAUCCAUGGAUUCUGCGGCGGUAUUACCCGAUUUCUUCACAAUAUCACAGAAAGGGUUACACUGCUGAUAAAAUCAUGUCAACUUCCAGCCUAAUCAAAAAGCUGGCAAGAAAAUACCACUUUGAAACCGAAAAUUUGAGCGGACGUGAAUCUCCCACCCCUCCCAUGAAGUCUCCACCAGGCGAGUUGCCAUGGUUGUCCUGAUCUCUGCUGUGCUGCCCCGUUGGGUAAAUUUACCUGCGUUAAAUUUGGUAUCGUUGCAUACGAGAAGAAAAGGCAAAUAACUGAAUUGACAUUGAGCAGUCCCAGCUCACCCACGUUUUCCCUCGUUUUCUCGCGAUUCCUCUUUUUCUGCUACUCUUCGGUUCUCGCCCCCAACCAUUAUGGCUUACUUGGUGGUUGCUUUCCUGGCGUUCAUGCCUAUCACUUUUGGAAUUUGGAACCUUUGUUGUCUUGUUAAAAACUACAGAAUUGCCUCGCAAAUAGGGAUACCGAUCAGAAUCCUCAUCGCCAGCGGCGAUAACCCAGUAUGGAUUCUCAUAUCCGGCAUCGUGCUCCCUAUAAUAAGAGCUGUAUUUGGCGACUGCGACAUCGCUCGAUACAGCCGGCCAGGCUGGGAGUUUAGAGACAAGUACAAAAUGCACCAGGAGCUGGGUGAUGCAGUCAUUCAUGUUUCGGCGGGUCGCAAUUGGCUAUAUCUCUGCAAUCCCGAAGCAGUGAGCGAGAUCUUCAAAAGAAGGGACGAUUUUGAUAGACCUCCGGAUCUCCUAGCCGUGCUAGCAGUGUUCGGACCUAAUAUCUCGACGGCCGUCGGCGCAGAUUGGCAAAGACAGCGCAAAAUCACCAGCGCCCCUUUCAACGAUCAAAACAACAGUUUAGUUUGGAUCGAGGCUUUGAGGCAAGCAGACGAAAUUCUACAAUUCUGGAAGUCUUUAGAAGGUCCCAUAACCCGCACAGAUAGGGAUACCCGAACCUUCUCGCUCCAUGUGCUGUCUGGGGCAGGAUUUGGAAAAUCAUACUCGUUCAAAAAGUCUAUCGAGCUACCCAAACCUGGACGUACAUAUAACUACAGAGACUCCCUUGCCAUAGUCUUGGAAAAUUGUCUUCUCAUUCUUGUGCUUGGACCCAGAUUACUCUCUAAAAUGCCAUGGCCGCCAAAAUGGAAGCGUACAGGUCAAGCAACAGUCGACUUCAAGUAUUACAUGACAGAGAUGCUCAAUGCCGAAAAACAUGCCAUCUCGCAGGGAAAGACUAGGAGCGCGACGUUUACGAAUUCGUUGCUUCGGGCUUCCAAGGAACAGUCUCAGUUGUCAGAUCACUCAACCUCAAAUGGGACAGAUAGCUUUCAGGGACUGACCGAAGAGGAAAUCUAUGGUAACAUAUUCGUUUAUAAUUUUGCUGGUCACGACACGACUGCUAUUGUACUCAACUGGACACUCUAUCUUCUCGCAGCUCAUCCCGAAGUCCAGGACUGGAUAUCUGAAGAAAUCAACACAGUCAUAACUAACGAUAUGCCAUCGACAUGGGAUUUCAAGGAGAUCUAUCCCAAAUUAAAUCGAUGCCUUGCAACCAUGCUAGAAACUGUGCGCCUCUGGAAUCCGCUCAUCGGAAUCUGUAAGACCACUUUUGAGGCCUCGCAACCUCUUGCUAUCGAUGGUCGAACAAUCAUCAUUCCACCUGAUACGCGCAUUAUCCCAAAUACUAAUGCGCUACACUCCCAUCCGUCAUACUGGGGCGAUAAUAGUCUCGAAUGGCAUCCCUCGCGUUGGAUUCUGUCCAAAGCCCCGAGUACGGAUACGCCGCCACUUGAUUGUGAAUAUGUGCACACGCCACCUAAAGGAUCAUAUCAGCCAUGGUCGGACGGUGUACGUCCAUGUCCUGGCAAAAAAUUUAGUCAAGUGGAAUUCGUAGCAGCAAUGGUUGCCUUGUUCAAAAGGCAUAGGGUUGAGAUUGUGCUGGAAGAAGGAGAGACGCAAGAGCAAGCAAAGCGGAGAGUUAUGGACGUAGUGAAAGAUAAUGUUGUGGUUUUGUUAUUGCAAAUGAGAAGUCCAGAAAAGGUGGGAUUGAGAUGGGUUGAGGUGAAGUGAUUGCAGAGCAUACACGCACGCCCGUUCAUUAGAUGUUGACUUACUCUUGUAAAUAUAUUCAACAUGGCUCUUCGUCUCUCAAGACGAACGGUUUAUUGGAGAUGAGGCUUAUCUUCCUGAUCUCUAAAUACGUCGUUGAGAGAAGGGCGUGGAAUAAUAUUUGAGUACCGAUUUGUCCGUAUCACACAGCCUAAUAUCGGAGUCAUGUGUAAUAAAAGGUGAGAGAGUGAUAGAAAACCGAGAAUUG